AUGACAGCACAGGCAAGAGUCUCCUGUCUCCUGUGGCUUCUUCUAGCCAGCCCUGUGCGGGCCGGGGUCAAGCCAGAGAAGACGAAGAUGGAGUGCUACAAAGAUGUGAAGGGCACCAUCUAUGACUAUGAGGCCAUCUCUCUGGAUGGGAAGGAGCGCAUUCAGUUCAAGCAGUUCACUGGCAAAUUCAUCCUUUUCGUCAAUGUGGCCACCUACUGUGAUCUCACAGCUCAGUACCUUGAUCUGAACACACUGCAGGAAGAGCUGAAGGUCUUCAGCUUCGUUGUGCUGGGCUUUCCUUGCAAUCAGUUUGGAAAGCAAGAACCUGGAGAAAACUCGGAGAUUCUUCCCGGGCUCAAGUAUGUCCGCCCUGGAGAAGACUAUGUCCCUAAUUUCCAGCUUUUUGCGAAAGGGGAUGUGAAUGGUGAAAAAGAGCAAGGCCUCUUCACCUUUUUAAAGCGCGCCUGCCCUCACCCCUCCGAGACCGUGGCAGACUCACUCAAACGAGUGUCUUGGGAGCCCGUCCGGGUCCACGACAUCCGCUGGAACUUCGAGAAGUUCCUGGUGGGGCCCGAUGGAGUCCCCCUGAUGCGCUGGGCCCACCAAGUGCCGGUGAGCGCCGUCAGGGCCGACAUCCUGGCUUACUUGGAGCACCUCCAGACAAUGUAG